AUGUUCUGGUUCACGCAAGGACUCUGCUUCCUGCCGGUGUUUUUGGUCAUCUGGUCCUCCUGCACUUUUGUUAUCUCCUAUGUUAUUGCGCUUUUCAGGCAAGAUGUCGAUAUAAUCUUCCCGUAUAUAAGUGAUACAGGCGCAAACCCCCCAGAAAGCUGCAUUUUUGGCCUGAUGACCUUCAUUUCUGCAUGUGCAGGAACAGCCACAAUUUAUGCGAGAUACAAGUUUGUGGAAAAGCUAAAUGAGGACACCCGUGUGGUGAGACCAUGCCUCAAUAAAGUCACUCUUUUUCUUGGGAUGAUGUCCUGUCUGGGAAUGUGUGUUGUUGCUACUUUCCAGGAAACCGCUGUGACACCAGUCCACGAUUUCGGAGCCCUGCUGUUUUUCGUCUCUGGUGUCCUCUACAUAAUCCUCCAGACUGUGAUGUCCUUUCAGUCCUAUCCAUUUGGGCCCUCCAUGGCUGUGUGUGGAGCCCGUUUGGGCAUCGCAGUCCUCGCCGCUGUGGCCUUCUUCCCCACUGUCAUCUGCGCCUUUUUUGUUGAACAAACCACAUUGCACAGACAUGCGGAGGACAAGGACUAUCCCUUCCACCUGGCCAGCGCUGUCUGUGAGUGGGUGGUGGCCUUCAGCUUCGUCUGCUUCUUCCUCACGUACAUCGAUGACUUUAAGCUGUUUACCCUGAAGGUGAAAACGGAGUUUGCGGAAUAG